UGAGGUCCGUCUGGAGGGGAUGAGGGAUGGGGCUGGCUUCAUGAGGAUGCCAGAGCACCCCCUGUGGGAGUCCCGUAGCCUAGCCGCCCAGCACCUCUCCUCCUGGAUGACGGAGGGUGAGCCCUUCACCUCUCCUCUCUCCCUGCUGCACUCUGCCGGAGGACAGCGCCUCUCCUCGUCCUCAUCAGUGGCCGCUACUGCCCUUGUCGCCGCCAUGACCCUGGAGCAGAAGACCACCUUCGCCCUGGUCCUCUUCCUCUUCGGUGUCCUCCUCAUCCUAAUCGUGCGGUGCUUUCGCAUCCUGCUGGACCCCUACCGCAGCAUGCCCACCUCCACCUGGGCAGAUGGCCUGGACGGGCUGGAGAAGGGCCAAUUCGACUAUACACUGGCAUAGGGGGUUGGGCGUCCAUGUACUGUAUACUGUACACACACACACACACACAGAUGAAUAUGCAGAAUGGCUGCAUUCACCUUGGCUGAUGGGUUAGAGAGAAUGGUCAGUUUGAUCACACGCUGUGGUGUAAGGACACAGACCAACAUGCAUUGUAUGUCAUGAAAUACACACACAAUACACACACAUGUGGUUGUAUCCUCCUAGAUUCACAGUAUGCAUGGGCAAGAGAAGAGCCGGUUUAA